ACGCACCACCACACCCGGCUGAUUUUGUAUUUUUAGUAGAGAUGGGGUUUCUCCAUGUUGGUAAGGCUGGUCUUAAACUCCCGACCUCAGGUGAUCUGCCCACCUCACCCUCCUGAAGUGCUGGGAUUACAGGUGUGAGCCACUGCGCCCGGCAAUUCCUUGGUUUUAAUAAUGCUGUGUUUAUGUAAGAGAAUGCCCUUGAUUUUAGGAAAUACACAUUGAAGGCUUGGGGCUAUGUUAUCUGCAAUUUAUUUUUCAAAUGGUUAAAAAGCAAUGAUAGACGGGAAGGUCACCCUGACCAUCUUCGUGGCCCGCCUCUACUACUUCUGGGACCCACAUUACCGGAAGGAGCUUCGCAGACUGUGUCAGAGAAGAGACAGUUCACAUGCCACCAUGAAGAUCAUAAGUUAUGGCGAAUUUCAACACUGUUGGGACAAGUUCAUGGACAACCAAAGAUUGUACAAGCCUUGGAAUAAGCUGCCUAAACAUUAUACAUUACUGCACAUCACGCUGGGGGAGGUUCUCGGACACCUGAUGGAUCCAGGCACAUUCACUUACAACUUUACCAAUGACCCUUCGGUCCUUGGACAGCACCAGACCUACCUGUGUUACGAGGUGGAGCACCUGCACAAUGGCACCUGGGUCCCGCUGCACCAGCACAGGGCCUUCAUAUUCAACGAGGCUUCAAAUAAUCCGGCUUUCCCUGAAGGCCGCCAUGCAGAGCUGUGCCUCCUGGACCUGAUUUCCUUUUGGAAGCUGGACCUGGCCCAGCGCUACAGGGUCACCUGCUUCAUCUCCUGGAGCCCCUGCUUCAGCUGUGCUGAGAAGGUGGCUGAAUUCCUUCAAGAGAACCCACACGUGAACCUGCACAUCUUCGCUGCCCGCAUCUAUGGUUAUCAACGAGGAUAUAAAAAGGGCCUGCGCAGGCUGAACAGAGCUGGGGCCCUAAUUUCCAUGAUGAAAUACAGUGAGUUUAAGCACUGUUGGGACAUCUUUGUGGAUCACCAGGGACACCCCUUCCAGCCCUGGGAGGGCCUAGAUGAGCACAGCCAAGCCCUGAGUGGGAGGCUGCAGGCCAUUCUCCAGGGAAACUGAUGGAUGAUCCUCAGUCUCUAAGGAAGGCUCAACCUGGGCUAAGCAGCGGAAUAAAAGAUCUUCCAAGAAAUGCAACUGGACUGUUCACCACCAUCUCCAGCUGAUCACAGACGCCAGCAAAGCAAUGCACUCCUGACCAAGUAGAUUAUUUUAAAAAUUAGAGUGAAUUACCUUUAAUGGAAAAUUUAUGUGCUAUAGUAGUAAGAUUGUGCUCAAUACAUUCAGAAAAGUUUCAAACCUACUAAUCCAGUGACAAUUUGAACCGAUUUUAUAUGUAGAGGAAUACAAUGAAAUACUAAAUAUUUUCAUAUGUUUCCUCUGUGAUUGUAUCAUGACUUGCAAGUGUUUACAUAAAUAUUAGCAAAUGUGAAAAAAAAAAAGCAAUGAUAAGGUAAAUAUGGCAACAUAUGAGCAGCUGGUGAAUCUAAGUAAAGGGUAUAUAUCCA